CACGGGGUACAGUGGACCAAAAAGUAGCGACUGGGCAUGGCCCUGUACGCGACCCGUAGGGCUCGCUCAUAAAAAGGCUCAGCUGGGGCGGGGCGGAGAUACCCGUGACGUGGUGUUUUGCUUGGUCUGGGAGCGUGGCCCCAGUUUCGACGCCUUUUGCGCAUUAGGAGCAUCAGUGUAUCAGUUUACUAGAGGAGUUGGCGGGGAGCCUUGGGCCCCUCUGGCCUCAGCCGGAUUUCCCAGCCAAACGCCGGGAAGAGAUGCCCUGGACCAUCUUGCUGUUUGCAGCUGGCUCCUUGGCGAUCCCACCACCAUCCAUCCGGCUGGUGCCCCCGCACCCAAGCAGCCAAGAGGAUCCCAUCCACAUCUCAUGCAUGGCCCCCGGGGACUUCCCGGGAGCGAAUUUCACACUGUAUCGAGGGGGGCAGGUGGUCCAGCUCCUGCAGGCCCCCGCGAACCAGCGUGGAGUGACGUUCAACCUGAGUGGCAGCAGCAGUGAGGCUCCAGGGGGACCCUUCCACUGCCAGUAUGGAGUGAUAGGCGAGCACAACCAGCCCCAGCUGUCAGACCUCAGCGAGCCCGUGAACAUCUCCUUCCCAGUGCCCACUUGGAUCUUGGCACUCUCCCUGAGUCUGGCUGGUGCCCUCCUCCUCCUCGCUGGGCUGGUGGCUGUUGCCCUCGUGGUCAGAAAAGUUAAACUCAAAAAUUUACAGAAGAAAAGAGAUGGAGAAUCCUGCUGGGCCCAGAUUAACUUCGACACCACAGACAUGUCCUUCGAUAACUCCCUGUUUACCAUCUCCCCGAAAAUGACGCCAGAAGAAGACCCAGCCAGCUUGGAUGAUCACUCAGGGACCACCGCCACCCCCGGCAACUCCAGGACCCGGAAGAGGCCCACUUCCGCAUCCUCCUCACCUGAGCCCCCCGAGUUCAGCACUUUCCGGGCCUGCCAGUGAGGCUGAGGACUGGGGGCUCCCUCUGUCUCCAGGCAUUCGGGGCCUGAGGUCCCUCCAGCCACUUCUGGGGUGGAGAGGGGGCUCUGUUGGCUGCUUUCUCAGGGAAUUGGACAGGAAAUGAAGGGGAACCCUGGCCUUAGGGUUUUCAUCACAGAGGAGUGGGAGAGAGGGCAAAGGCAUGGGCCUGGCACUGGAGAGGCAACAGGAAGUUCCCCUCUCGACCUUCAGCUCCUCAGGACCACCAGAGAAGGAGACGUCAGGACCCCUUCUGGUCCCCCAUCUGGGACGUAAGGGGUCCCAGGUCUCUGCACACCCCUGGAGUUCCUCCCUUCCCCGCUGGGUUUUUGAGCAUAGGGUGCCCUUGGGUGUGUUGAGUGUGUCUGCCUGCUGGCUUACCUAAGUUAUUAAUUAUAACACGUGUCAAGGUGUUC